AUGGCAUUACCCAUAAAAUAUGCUAUUGAACUACCAAACACAAAAAAACCAGGACAAACCGGCAUUUAUCGUAAUAUUAAUUCUCAAGAAAAAAUCACGGAUGUUCCUAGUACAGGAGUAAGAACUUUAUAUGAAAACUUUGAGUACGCACUUAAAACUUGUGGUGAUAACAAUUGUAUUGCACAUAGACCAUAUAAUAAAUUAAAUAGAAAGUAUGGAUUAUAUGAAUGGCAAACUUAUAAGCAAGUUGGUGAACGUCGUUCAAAUUUUGGAUCUGGACUUUUACAUUUAAGCGAAACAGUCGUAAAGAAUAAUAAAAAUCAACAAUGGGCUGUCGGUAUUUAUUCUGUAAACAGACCCGAAUGGUUCAUUACCGACCAGGCCGUUGUUUCUUAUAAUCUUAUCACUGUUGCGUUGUAUGAUACGCUUGGACCGGAUUCUGUCGAAUAUGUGAUAAAUCAUGCCGAGAUUCCUAUUAUUGUUGCAACAGCAAAUCUAAUUCCUAGUUUGAUUCAAUUAGCAUCAAAAAUUCCCGUAUUGAAAGUUAUUGUUUCGAUGGAUGAUUUGGAAGAAGAUGCACCAGUUCCUAUUGGUGGCACGACAACAGGAAAAAUAUUGAAAGCAUGGGCAGCAGACCAGGGUAUAUUACUGGUUGAUUUUAAAGAAGUUGAAAAGAUUGGAAGAAAACAUAGGAGAGAUCAUACCCCUCCUUCACCUCAAGAUAUUGCUUGUAUUUGUUAUACUUCUGGUACUACUGGUCUACCCAAGGGCGUUUUACUCACUCAUGCAGGUUUUAUUGGUGCAAUUUCUUCAUGUCAAUAUUGUUGGUCAGGAACCUCUGAUGAUCUUGCACAUAUUAUGGGAAGACUUAUAGAAAUAAUGAUUGUUUUAUUUUGUGGAAGUAUUGGAUACUUUAGAGGAGAUGUGUUCACACUUGUCGAAGAUAUGGCUUUACUCAAACCAACAAUAUUUGUAUCAGUACCCAGAUUACUUACACGUAUUUAUGCCAAACUUCGAAUGAAUACGGUGGAUGCAACCGGAAUCAAAGGAACCUUAUCAAAAAAAGCUGUUGCUGCAAAACUCUAUAAUCUUGAAAAUUUUGGAAGCGUUACUCAUCCAUUCUGGGACACAAUUCUGUUUAAUAAAAUCAAAGCAAUAAUAGGUGGUCGCGUAAGAUUAAUUCUGACAGGCUCAGCUCCUAUAUCUCCAGAAGUUCUACAGUUUUUAAGGAUUGCUUUUGCUUGUGAUAUUGGCGAAGGUUACGGUCAGACUGAAGGAAUUGCAAUGGCUACUUUGACUACCAAAGGAGAAAACAAAGCAGGGCAUGUUGGUGGACCUGUAAGUUGUGUAGAGAUAAAACUUGUAGAUGUUCCAGAGAUGGAUUAUUUAUCGACUGAUAAACCUUAUCCACGCGGAGAACUUUGUUCCCGUGGCACAAGUUCAUUUGUCGGUUAUUAUAAAGAUGAAGCCAAAACCAAGGAAACUAUUGAUCAAGAAGGGUGGGUUUAUACAGGUGAUAUAGCUUCGAUAGAUGAAAGAGGUGCUGUUUCCAUUAUUGAUAGAAAGAAAAAUUUAUUUAAACUUUCUCAAGGAGAAUAUGUUGCACCCGAAAAGAUUGAAAAUGUUUACCUUAAUUGCAAUAUGAUUUUACAAAUAUAUGUUCAUGGAGAUUCGUUGCGUGAUUAUUUAGUUGCAAUAAUAGUCCCAGAUCCUGAGACUUUUAUACCAUGGGCAAAUCAAUUAACUGGCGAAAAUAUUUCAGUGGGCGAUGAUGAAGGAUUAGAACGUCUUAUAAAUUAUCCAAGCGUAAAUAAAGCGUUUUUAAAAGAAAUGCAUAAACUUGGAACACAUUUUCGUCUUCGAGGAUUUGAAAAUGUUAAAGCAAUUCAUCUUGAACGUGUUCCAUUUUCAGUUGAAAAUAACCUUUUAACACCAACAUUAAAACUUAGACGUCAUGAAGCCAAAUUAUAUUUUCGUAAAAUUAUUGAAGAAUUAUACAACAAAGGUCUUCCAAAUGUUCAAACAGAUAUUAAUUCAAAAUUAUAA